AUGUAUGUCUAUAACUACUCAGUACGUCAAGAAUUCUAUCUCUGUGCAUUCACCAGAUAUGGAAACUUCCAGCUGUUCAUUUUCAUUGCCAUUUUAUCAAUGUAUCUGCUCUGUGUAAUUGGGAAUAUUUUUAUUACUGCCAUUGUAUGUCUGACCCCCCAGCUACAUACACCCAUGUACUAUUUUCUAUGUAACCUCACAGUUCUGGACAUCAUAUAUGUCUCUGUUAUCUUACCAAAGCUUAUGGUGGUUACUAUCACAGGUGAUAUCAAAAUAUCUUACCCAGAAUGCUUUGCCCAAGUAUUUUUUUAUGUGUUUUGUAUUGGAACAGAAUUUUUCAUACUUGCAUCUAUGGCCUAUGACCGAUAUAUGGCCAUUUGUGCCCCAUUACACUAUAUGCUGUCUAUGAACCCAGAGACUUGUGUAACACUAUCUAUCUCCUCCCUCAGCCUUGGUGUGCUAAAUGCAAUGAUGUAUCCUCUACUAAUCUCAAAAUUAUCAUUCAGCAAUUCUCGUGAAAUCAACCAUUUCUUUUGUCAUAUGAAAUCCAUACUAAAGCUAUGCCCUACGGAGACAGUAAAAAUUGACCUUUUGAUAACUGUAGAUGGUUUCGCUUUAGGAUUCUCCACAUUCCUUUUAAUCCUUAUUUCCUAUAUGUUCAUCAUCUCCACCAUCCUAAAGAUCCAGACGUCAUCUGGGAGGUUCAAGGCUUUCUCCAGCUGUUCUUCUCAUCUCACAGUGGUCUUAUUAUUUUGCUUGACAUCUCUUACACUUAAUAUGAAACCGGAAAAUGAAUGGUCUCAAGAACAGGAUAAAAUUAUCUCCAUGUUGUAUAUUGCUGUAGUUCCAUUGUUGAACCCAAUUGUCUACAGCUUAAGAAAUAAAGAAGUUCUAAAAGCCACUAAAAACAUACUUUUCAAGGAUCAUUUACAUUUACAGUUCUGA